AUGGCUCUGCUACUUGGGAAGUCGAAAGGUCGUCGCACUUUAAAUAACCCCAAGUCAGAACCACCCGCAGCGCUCAGUGCCUACUAUGAGCAGUACAAGACCCAGAACAUUCAGACGGUGUACAAGGACUACUACCCUUCAGCGGAAUCCAGCAAAGAAGAGACAAACCUUCUGGCGGAAAAGCGUCUGGAGGUUUCUAAGGCAGCCGAGCGUCUUAACACAGACAAAAAGUCCUUCACCGCAGCCAACCGUCAGGCGUCACAGGAACGGGAGGAUGAAGGUGUCAGAUGCUACGACUGGGCGUACGCGAGGCAAGAAAGCUCCCAUAGCUUGGACAUAUAA